AUGCUCAGAGAGGCAGGAAACGGGGCCAGCCAGGGGGACUCGAGAGCGGCUGCACUUUCCUGUCCCCCGCCGAGGAGAGCGGAGGAGCAGCGGCUCGUGGCUUGGCGAGUUUCCCCGGAGAGGAGCCGGAUUCCGCAGCAGGGACGGAGCGAGGAGUCCGAGGUGCAGGAGGCGGGGGGGGGGGAGGAGGAGGAGAGCACGUGCGCCUGGCAGGAUCAGGCCCCGAGCCCAGCCAGAGGCUGCAGGGCGUCCCCCAACCGGGCAGGAAGGGGAAGGGGCGCAGCUGAGGGGCAGGGCAUCUGCAGGAGGGCACAGGGGCAAACAUCUCUGGCUCAGGCUGGCACGGACCCUGCCGGAGACCCUGGGGAGCUGCUCCCUUCAGUCCUGAGCUCAAAGGGCAGAAUGAGGGGUCCAAGGCAGCUGCUGCUUCGCGAUGGACGAUGCAUAUAGUCGCUCACGGAUCAGCGGCGUACCUGGGGCUUUUGCCGCCCCUCUCCCUGUCCCUCAGCAGGGAGCCCAGCCCAUUUCGACGGUCCUCCCCACGGGGGAGAGGGAAGGGGAGGCAGGGGGAAAGGAAGAGCAGUGCAGCUCGGAAGGGGGCUCUUACUGUGCAGCCCCCUGACACCCUUUGCAGGCCACUACUCCUGCCCUCCUUCCUCUGCCAGUGCCAUUGAUGAACCUAUCGCCCUCCUUCAUGAAUUGGUCGCCUUCUAAAGCACUCUUAGCCGCCACCACCAUCACCGCAUCUUGUGGCAAUGAUGUCCAUCCAAUUCAUUUAGCAAGGAAAUUGCUUCUUUUGCCUGCCCCAAAUCAAGGUACACUGUGCCUACACAUGGAGGCUCUGUUGAUCUGUCACAGCUAAUAAAACGGCUAAUAGAUCUUUUCCCCGGAGAAUGCAUCUGAUCUUUCCCCAAACUAUCAAAGCUAGUGACCUCUUGUGUCUGCGUGUGAAUAAGUGUGACAGGCUUAAACCUGUCUCAUUAAUUGUUUUAUUUCCACCUUCCUCAGUAAGGCAGCAGAGUUUACAGAUGAAGGCUGAGGGUUGAAGUAGGUGACGGUUUUGAGAAUGCAGAGGAAAGGACGAUUCUUAUGAAGUGUGGCAUAUGGAAAUGAAUUAAUGAUAAUAAAAACAUUGAAGACAGUAUUGUUAAAGACUGAGGAAGGCGAAAUUGAAAUUAGCUAUUCAUGUUCAGAUUAUUACUCCUUUCAUUUCUAUACUGCUUCAUAUUUUUAAGGAAAAAAAUCUCAAAGUAAUUAGAGAGAAAUCUCAUUGCAAUUUGUGUCCAUAGGUUGUUGAGAACAUUAACUCUGUAGAUCCAGGAGUUCUCUCCUCCUGAUAGUCUCAGAUUUGAUUGUUCUUUCUGAUAGAGCAGGAGGAGCGAAACAUUUAUGGGCUUAAAGCUGCAUUGAUUCUGGAGGCCACAUUCCAGUGAGCUUUGUGGCCAAUGUAUGCACAUGCAUGCGCACACAGAAAAGAGAUGCAGACCAUAAAGUCACAUGCACACACGCCAGAGGUGCUGCACACACUCACCAGACAUGCCAUCUAGCAUACAUACAAGUCUUGCAAACACAAUCAGCAUGUUUAGACCUUCCAACCCCAGUUCUGGGGUGGGGGAAAAUAAGAGCACCAGAAGACCCUGCUGAAUUAGCAAGGAGAUCUGUGGAAAAAAGACCCUUCUGAUCGUUCUUUAGAAAUCCUCUUUAAAGAGCAGCCAGAGGGAUCAUUUCUGGAGCAGGGCCUUUACCCCAUUUCAGCACUGUGCUGGUUUGUGGUGAAAUUGGAGUUUAAAAGAUCUCUCUAAGGGCCCUUAGGCAUCUUUCUCUUCAGGACAGACAGAGAUCUUCAUCCUAGGUGAAAUCUUCUUUCUUGUAGUUUGGAUCCAUUGCUCCGUGUCCGCUUCUCUGGAGCAGCAGAAAACAACCUUUCUCCCUCCUCUAUGUGACAUCCUUUUAUAUAUUUGAACAUGGCUAUCAUAUCACCCCUUAACCUCCUCUUCUCCAGGCUAAACAUGCCCAGCUCCCUUAGCCAUUCCUCAUAAGGCAUCAUUUCCAGGCGUUUGACCAUUUUGGUUGCCCUCCUCUGGACACGUUCCACUUUGUCAGUGUCCUCCUUGAACUGUGGUGCCCAGAACUGGACACAGUACUCCAGGUGAGGUCUGACCAGAGCAGAAUACAGUGGCACUAUUACUUCCCUUGGUCUAGAUGCUAUACUCCUAUUGAUGCAGCCCAGAAUUGCAUUGGCUUUUUAGCUGCCGCGUCACACUGUUGGCUCAUGUCAAGUUUGUGGUCAACCAAGACUCCUAGAUCCUUUUCACAUGUACUGCUCUCAAGCCGGGUGUCACCCAUCUUGUAUUUGUGCCUCUCAAUUUUUUUUGCCCAAGUGCAAUACUUUACAUUUCUCCCUGUUAAAAUUCAUCUUGUUUGUUUUGGCCCAGUUCUCUAAUCUGUCAAAGUCGUUUUGAAGUGUGAUCCUGUCCUCUGGGGUGUUAGCCACCCCUCCCAGUUUGGUGUCAUCUGCAAAUUUGAUCAGGAUGCCCUUGAAUCCAUCAUCCAAGUCGUUGAUAAAGAUGUUGAAUAAGACCGGGCCCAAGACAGAACCCUGUGGCACCCCACUAGUCACUCUUCUCCAGGAUGAAGAGGAACCAUUGAUGAGCAGCCUUUGGGUUCGGUCAGUCAGCCAGUUACAAAUCCACUGAGUGGUAGCAUAGUCAAGACCGCAUUUUACCAGCUUCUUUACAAGAAUAUCAUGGGGCACCUUGUUGAAUGCCUUGCUGAAAUCAAGGUAGGCUACAUCCACUGCGUUCCCUUCAUCUACCAGGCUUGUAAUUCUGUCAAAAACACGCGCUCAGGUUAGUCUGACAUGACUUAUUGUUCAGAAAUCCAUGCUGACUAUUGGUGAUCACAGCAUUCCUUUCUAGGUGCUCACAGACUGUUUGCUUAAUGAUCUGCUCCAGAAUCUUCCCUGGUAUUGAUGUCAGACUGACUGGGCAGUAAUUAUUUGGGUCCUCUCUUUUCCCCUUUUUGAAAAUAGGGACAACAUUUGCCCUCCUCCAGUCUGCUGGGACUUCGCCUGUUCUCCAGGAAUUCUCAAAGAUGACUGCCAAUGGUUCUGAGAUCACAUCUGCCAGUUCUUUUAAUACUCUUGGAUGCAGUUCAUCUGGCCCUGGAGACUUGAAUACAUCUAAACUAGCCAAGUAUUCUUGUACUAUCUCCUUAGUUAUUCUGGGCUGUGUUUCCUCUGCUGAAUCAUUUGCUCCAAAUUCUUCAGGUCGGGCAUUGUUUUCUUUAUCGGAGAAGACUGAGGCAAAGAAGGCAUUGAGGAGUUCAGCCCUUUCUGUGUCCCCUGUUUGCAUUUCACCAUCUUCUCCUCUGAGUGACCCCACUGUUUCUUUGUUCUUCCUUUUGCUACGGACAUACCCAUAAAAGCCUUUUUUGUUGCUUUUAACCUCUCUAGCAAGCCUGAGUUCAUUCUGUGCUUUAGCUUUUCUGACUUUGUGUCUACAUGUGCUGGCUAUUUGUUUGAAUUCCUCUUUGGUGGUUUCCCCCCUUUUCCAUUUUUUGUACACAUCCUUUUUUAAUCUUAAUUCAGUUGUAAAAGUUCUUUAGAUAGCCACCAUGGCUUCCUUAGGCACCUUCCAUGUUUCCGUCUCAUUGGUAUUGCCUGAAGUUGUGCUUUUACUAUCUCCCUCUUAACAAACUCCCAGCCAUCAUGAACUCCCUUUCCUUUUAGUAUUACUGUCCAUGGAAUCUCACCCAGCACUUCCCUAAGUUUUAUGAAGUCGGCUUUCUUAAAGUCAAGAAAUUGAGUCCUAGUAUACUUGGCUGCUCCUUUCUGCUGUAUAGUAAACUUCAGAAGAGCAUGAUCACUCGCGCCUAAUGAUCCUUCCACUUCUACCCCACUAACCAGGUCAUCAACAUUGGUUAGGACCAGAUCUAAAAUGGCUGUUCCUCUUGUUGCUUCUCCCACUUUCUGGACAAUGAAGUUGUCUGCAAGGCCAGUGAGGAAUCUGUUUGACCUUAUGCUCUUGGCUGAGUUUGACAUCCAACAAAUAUCCUGGUAAUUGAAGUCCCCCAUUACUACUAUCUCCCUUCCUUUUGCAUGCUUGGCCAUCUGUUCCAGGAAGGCAUCAUCUAUGUCCUCCGUUUGGCUUGGGGAUGUCAGUAUCUCAGCUCACAGUCAGAGGUAACUGGCCUCCCCCGGGGCAAACUGAGUGAGAUACUUGUUUACCUUCCGUCUGCGUCUUCCCGGCAGACAAGGUCGUAACUCGGCGAUUCUCCUCAGAUGUGAGAAGAACACACCCUCUGCUUCACUCUCCCAGCUUUCCCCCCCAGGGAGGGGAAAUGAGACAGACAGGAGUCCUAUUUACAUGUCUUUUAUUCCUGUCAUUCAGCAGUACAUAGAAACGUGGCUGCACCCUUCAGACUCCAUCAGAAGAGUCACAACUCUACCCCUGUACUUCCAGUACAGGUCAGAUGACACUCUGAGCUAACAUCCGGUGCUCAGUACAGAGAAUAGACUUCCCCUUUUCCCAACAGUACAGUUGGAGACAACAACAUCCUGUUUUGCUUUCCAGCCACUUGCAGCUGGCUUUUGCAUUGGUGCUUUUUCCCAACAACCUCCCCCAAAAGCAUCAAUAGGCAAAACAUGAUCCAGAGAAGAAAACAAACAGUUGUUAUACAUAUAACAGUCCCCUGUUGUUUCAGUUCCACCCUUGGAACUCCCCACCACUGGUUUCACCAGUGUACCUCUCUGGUUGUCUGGCUUCCAAGGAAUGAGUGCUUCUGCAUUACUUUAGCUAGCUACUCUCUGUUGUGUCUUUGUCUCUGACUUAGACACUGCUUUAACCUGUUUUGAGUUGUUAACAAUAGCAACACAUGCAACAGCUAAGUUAGCAAACUCUUUUGAGUACCUCUUUGGUGGUACACCCAUCGUAACUCUCUCAGACCUGCGUAUGAGGUGCUGAUCCUCUGUGCUCACUGGUUCAACCUCUGGACUUUGUUGAGAACCAGUAGCAAUGGCAAACAGUGGUUCUUCCUUCACCUGUGAAGGUCUAUCCAUUGUGUGAGAUUUUCUCUCAAUGACUGUUACAACUGAACUCUCUGAGCUAUCACUGUCAUCAUCAGUUCUACUGUAAUCUGUGUAAUCAGAAAAAUCAUCAUCAUCUGAAUUGUCACCUGUGGGAAAUGUGUGUACUACUACCCGCUCUUGUUCUGGAGCACUCUCUAGAAACUUUGUGAGAAUCACCUGACCAGAUUCAGACAAAAUUACUCUGUAGAGACCCUUUUCAUAACCCACAAAAAUGCCUCUGGCAUUCUUCACUCCACCUGGAGCUUCUGUUCUCACAUGAGACCCGAAAACCUUAAAAUAGGCAACAGAAGGUUUUCUAUGGAACAGCUUCUCAAAAGGAGAACAUCCCAACUCUGUUGAGACCUUUCUCACCCACACGUGAAGAUAGGACGCUAGUGACUCGGCCCAAUAUUCAUGUGGCAAAUGUGAACUAAGCAAUUGCGCAUGCAUCCCCUUUUGCAAUUCCUUGUUCACCCUCACACAGACCCCCCUGUUCCAUGCUUCGGUUGAAACAGCAACUUUGUGGUCUAUCCCUUUUCCAUCCAGGAACUUCUGAAACUUCUGUAACAGAAAAAUUGGCUUCUCAUCUGUGAAGAGACAGUCAAUGUUAGCAUCAUGCAUAUUUUUAACCUUGUCACAAAACUCCUGAAACCUUUCUAAGGUCUCUUGUGGUUUCUGCAUCACAAAAACCCAAGAAUAAUUUGUGAAACAAUCCACACACACAAGGUAAAAUUUCGCACCGCCUCUAGAUGGUUCUAGAGGACCAAUCACAUCAGCAUACACCUGCUGAAAUGCCCUGUCGACCUUCUUGGUCACCUUCCUGGUGCUCACACUGGUCACACCUGCAAGAGAGAUUUCGUUAGAAUCAGAAGAAUUACAUUUCAUGUAAUCACUUUGAUCAAAAGUCAACAAAUACAGUCCAUCUUUCUCUCUGGCAGUAAGAUACAGUUCUCCAUCUUUGUAGAUCUUGCAGCUCUUAGCAUCAUAGGACAGUUUCAGUCCUUUCUUUGCAAUCUGCGACACACUCAGCAGAUUAAAUUUCAGUUCUGGAACCAGGUAAACAUUGUUUAUAGUCAAGUUCAGACUCUCAAGAUACACAGUCCCAAUCCCGGUCGCUUCCAGCUCCUGGCCGUUGGCCUGUUUCACAGCGAAGCUUUGCUUCUUCAACGUUGAAAACAGUUCUCUGUGCGGACACAUAUGAACCGUGGCUCCAGUGUCGAUUACAAACGAGUUCCCAACAUCUGGCGUGGUUCCUUUCGCCAUCAUAGCCUUUGCAGGUUUCACCUGGCACUUGGUACGGCUUUUGCCUGACGCCUCAGGCUUCAUAGAGCUGCUCUUUGCUCCUCUUGACUGGCGCGGCUUCCUACAGUUUCUUUGUAGAUGCCCAGUCUGUCCACAAUUGUAACAUCGGACAGCGCUCAAAGCUACAGCACGCUUCUCAGUAGCUUUAGCAGUGGGGGAGUCAGAACUUUGUUCCUCCCUCCCCCUGUCAGCAACAUCCAUUGCAUCUUGAACAGUUCCUUCGCUCCCCCAUCUAGGGUCAAAGCUCUCCUCAGCUUUCGAUGAGCUCUUAGGAACUUGGCCAGCAUCAUCCUUGCUCACCCCUUCUGGGGUAGUCGUCUUUCCAGACCAUGAUGAAUAACUGCCACUGGUCAGGGGAGAUGAAUAAGGCAGGGCUCCCUCCUUCUUGGCAUCCAUCUUGAAGCCAAGCCUCUCUCUCACUUUCCAGCCUUGCUAAAACUCCAAUAGCCUCUGCUGGAUUGUUUACUGCCUUUCCAGGCAAACUGCAAGCUGUUUCUCAGACCUUGCACAGCAUCGAAAACAUAGUCAAAACAAACUUUCGCUUCCCAGGCACUCUCUCAGAGCCAUCUGCGCAGCCAGUAAAUUUCCACGUCUCUGACGGGCGUCGCUUAGCAACUGUGCAUACAGGAAAGCUUAUCUCAACCACAAGAAUUUGUGGAAUGCAGGCUGAGCCUCUGAGCUGCAGGCCUCUCCUCUCAGAGCUGUUGUUUUUCCGAAACGCAGCUCCCGUGAACCAGAGAAUAAAUCAAUCUGCGUUCACACUUUUAGCCCGAAAUGCAGCAUACCUUGAGCUCCGUUGCUUGGAAAACACUUUCCUCUGGGUCCAGCCGUCUGUCCAGCUUCUGGCUGCUCUCAGACGUUUAUCUUCUCCCUUGGAGCAGAGGAGGACAAUCCACCAGCCUCUCAUGCAGAUGUUCGAUGAAUCGCAACCACCGAAUGCUACCAUAUGUCAGUAUCUCAGCUCACAGUCAGAGGUAACUGGCCUCCCCCGGGGCAAACUGAGUGAGAUACUUGUUUACCUUCCGUCUGCGUCUUCCCGGCAGACAAGGUCGUAACUCGGCGAUUCUCCUCAGAUGUGAGAAGAACACACCCUCUGCUUCACUCUCCCAGCUUUCCCCCCCAGGGAGGGGAAAUGAGACAGACAGGAGUCCUAUUUACAUGUCUUUUAUUCCUGUCAUUCAGCAGUACAUAGAAACGUGACUGCACCCUUCAGACUCCAUCAGAAGAGUCACAACUCUACCCCUGUACUUCCAGUACAGGUCAGAUGACACUCUGAGCUAACAUCCGGUGCUCAGUACAGAGAAUAGACUUCCCCUUUUCCCAACAGUACAGUUGGAGACAACAACAUCCAAUCGUGGGACUUAUUCCACCAGGCUUGCUAGACCAAACUUUCUUAUACAUGGGAGUUUUGUGAUCAUAUCUCCUUCUUUUCUUACUUUACCUAAACAGCUGCAGGGAACUCUGAAUUUCAUCAGAGCAGAAGCUACGUCAGAAGAGAUGUCCUUCCACCAACCCCCUUUUUCCUCCUCUAAAUUGCGUGCAUUUCCAAAAUGCUCUUUUCUCCCCACUGAGAUAAAAAUCUUGGCACGUCUUGCAGCCUCACCACUGCCAUGUGCAGUGCAAAUAGAAUAACACUGGCCUACCUUGCAAGAUUGUUCCAAGAUUUAUUAAGAUAAUGUCCAUGUUCAGAUGACUGAAUCACAGCCUGAAAAGCUGGGUUACAAAUAGGAACAGUUUUUAGUACAUUGCUGUACUAAUGUACAUUUGGUACAUUACGAUAAAACCUAAGUUGACCCAAGUUCAAAACAAAAAACUAGCCGCCGCCACCACAGUCUCCUGGCCCCCACAAACAGAAUGCAUCACUCCAGGAAGGACCCCCACCCAACCUUUAGUGAGAGAGGGCAAAAGAAAAGGACUCUGCAUGGGUAGUUGCACGAAUCUACCAGCUGUGGUCCUGCACUGGCAGCAAGGCUAACAAACAGGGGAGCUGGGAACGUGCUGGUCCCAUAUCUCCCUGCAUCUGCCUCCUGACCUAAUUGUCCCAGCCUACCUCAUGAUUUGGCUGGCCCUGAGGGUGAACCGUGAUGAAACCAGGCAGUCUCUUAUGAGCCAUAACGAACAAACUUUCCAUUUUGCCCAAACCAGGAAACUACAGCUGCCAGCAUUGGAACAAGCUGGGAUAUUAAGCUAACUUCAAACUGAACUUGGUAAAAACAGGAAAUUCUGGUUGAUCAGUGGCUUCGUGGUUUGACUGAUCCCACUGAUAGCAGUAAAAAUAGGAUGCCCUGUUGCGUUCGAAGGGGUUGUUUGGACAGAGUCUCUGAUCAGCAUGCCUAGCAGGACAGGCUUAAAAAGGUAAAGGGACCCCUGAUCAUUAGGUCCAAUCGUGACCGACUCUGGGGUUGUGGCGCUCAUCUCGCUUUAUUGGCUGAGGGAGCAGGCGUACAGCUUCCAGGUCAUGUGGCCAGCAUGACUAAGCCACUUCUUGCAAAGGAGAGCAGCGCACGGAAACGCCGUUUACCUUCCUGCCGGAGUGGUACCUAUUUAUCUACUUGCACUUUGACGUGCUUUCGAACUGCUAGGUUGGCAGGAGCAGGGACCGAGCAAUGGGAACUGACCCCGUCGUGGGGAAUCGAACCGCCGACCUUUUUUUUUUUUAUAAAUCUUUUAUUAAGUUUCCACAAUAAAAGACAAAGAAAGUACAAAAUCACAAAAAAACAAUACAAUACAAAAACACAAACAUUAAACACAUCAAAAGAAAAAGGAAAAAAAAGAUAAAAACACAUAUAAUAACAAAAAACAAAAAUUCCCUCUUUCUUAAUUUCUCAUCUUCAAUUAGCUUAUUUUCCGGACUUCCUCACAUCUCCCGUUCUUGUAUCCCUUUUUUAAAAAUUAAUUCAGCAAAUUAAUAUCCUAUUAAUUUAUCUGUUGUUAAUCCAAUCUUACAUUUUACUUUGUUGCUAAAGUCCCUGCGAUUCAUUUCAAUGUCCUUAACAUUCAUAAAUUUUACAGUAUUUCUGCAAAUAAAUUUUGAAUUUCUUCCAAUCUUCCUCCACCGUCUCCUCUCCCUAGUCUCGGAUUCUGCCAGUCAUUUCCGCCAUCUCCAUGUAGUCCAUUAGUUGCAUCUGCCAAUCUUCCAAGGUAGGUAGAUCUUGUGUCUUCCAAUGCUUUGCGAUGAGAAUUCUUGCUGCUGCUGUAGCAUACAUAAAAAAAAAUCUAUCCUUCUUUAGCACCGAUUGGUCCACUAUGCCCAGGAGGAAGGCCUCUGGUUUCUUCGGGAAAGUAUAUUUAAAUACCUUUUUCAGUUCAUUAUAUAUCAUUUCCCAGAAGGCCUUGAUCCUUGGGCACGUCCACCAAAGGUGAAAGAAUGUACCUUCAAUCUCUUUGCAUUUCCAACAUUUGUUAUCGGGCAAAUGAUAUACUUUUGCAAGCUUGACUGGGGUCAUGUACCUUCUUAUCGGCAAGUCCUAGGCUCUAUGGUUUAACCCACAGCGCCACCAGCGUCCCAGGACAGGAAGCAAUUAUUAUUAUUAUUAUUAUUAUUAUUAUUACUUGCAUCCUGCCUAUCUGACUGGGUUGCCUCUGCCCAUCUGGGUAGCUUCCAACAAAAUAAAAACCAUCAAAACUUUCCUUGUAAAAGGCUGUUUUUGGAAGUCUUCCAUUUUAUAGAAAUGGCCUUCAGUUUUAAAGAAUUGUCCUCUUUAAGGGAUCACGUGGUGUAAACAACUCUUGAGAUCUACUCACAGGAAGGGAGGUGGGACAGGCAGCUGAAAGGAAUUGCCAAAGGUGUUUGAAAAUGGGUGGGGGCUCUUGGGAAGGGGGUGCCCAAUUGGCACUUCUCCAGGGGCAGCAGAAUGCCUUGGGCAGGAGAAUCCCUGCAGGGGCUCUGAGACUCCCUUGGCUUCUUCUUCCCUCCCUCCCAGGAAGCUGCAACUUGCUCUGGAUUCUGCGCUCCUCAGGAAGCUGAACCUGCAAACCUAGCUGAGACUGAACCUGCAACCCUGGCCAGGAUGGAAGGAGGAAGAUGGACGGUUGACCUGGUCAGGCUGUCUCCCGCAUCCCUCCCCACAACCUCUGAGCAUUCCCUCCCAGGACCCUUGGAGAAAUCUGGUGAGUUCCAGGGGAGAGGAGAUGGGGAGAGGGAUAGAUGGAAGGUGGCGGGAGAAAGAGGAAAAGAUGGAGAGGAGACAAAUGGAAGGAAGUUCCUGACAGGAAGAAGGAAGGGGUGAGGCCUUCUCCGAAGCAGCUCUUUGUUUCUUGAAUCCUUUUCCUAAAGUAGUGGGGGCAGAUUUUCUUCCUCCAGGCUUUGAAAUCUUAGGUGUUAUUUCCACGGCAGGAAUAAUUGAUGAUAAUGAUGUUGCACACCAAUCCUGAAGAAUGGGUGAAGGGGAAUGGAAAUGUUUCCCAUAAUUAUUUAUAAUUAAUGUACAUAAAUUGUUUCUAUUACUCUUAUUGUUUAUAAACAGGGUCAUAAUGAUACAUUCCACCAGCACCAAAACACAAUAAAUGCACGCACCUUCCCAGUCUGGUGGGGUUCAGGGACAAAGGACCAGUUAUCAUGAUACACGAUUCCUGUGGCUGGAGGCUCUACACUUAGGAUUGGGCAUAUAUAGUCAAAGAGCGUCUGGUAUUAUAAGCAAAUUGUGUAAAUCUUACAGACUGGGGUUGUUUGUGAGAGUCAGUGAGUGGGAUAAUAAUUUAUAGCGCCACUGUGUAAUGGCUUGGUUCUCCCGCACACACGUGAGACAACUCCAGUAGUAAUUAUCUCAAACUCAUAAAUCACUGUGGAGCUCAGUCUUCGGACUGUUCAACCCAGCUUGCAGUUGCCGAGUCCUCCAGCAAAGAAGCCCCCACUUUCGCUCUCUUUUCCCCUCUUCUCGCAGAUUCUCUCGAGCCUAAGAGUUUUUGGACAGGCUAUUUCUGGGGUCCCUGUGUCAGAGCUCAAACUGGAGCUAACAGUCUGUGCCCCGCCCCGGCACCCCCCUUCCUGUUCUUUGUUCUUUGCUCCUGCUGCAGCUUGGCUGCUCCUCCCCUGCUUCACAUUCCAACCGAAUCACAUCUCUUGCCUUCUCAGGCUCUGUCAGCGGAGGCACAAGAGGCUUGAGAUUCACAGAGCUGACACCCUGUAAUUUUGUCCUUGCCUAAGCCUCCAUGGAGAUAUUGUGGUACAAGCUUGGUGCAAAUUUCAAAAUAAGUACACAAAGCCAACAAAGAGACUCAGAAGUUUAUAGUGGCACCAGCUUUCCUGGUCAAGAGUCCACUUUGUCAGACUGCAGCCCACAAAAGCUUAGGCCAUAAUACAUUUAUCAGCUUUUAAGGGCUGCAAAGAUGAAUAAACAGAAGCGUAGUUCAUCUAUGGACUUCCAUCCUACAGGAGACAGUGACACACAGCAACUUGGAUAGCUUGAAGAAAAGGAUAAGACUGACAUCUCUGCUCUGCCCUCAUGGUCCAGGCAAUAAUCCUUCUUGAUACAAGUUUCUGGAAAGCACAGGAAGGCAGAGAAGACUCUUGUGCUCCAAUCCUGCUUGCCGGUUUCCCACAGGCAUCCGGUUGGCCUCUGUGCGAAGAGGAUGCUGGACUAGGUGGGCCUUUGCCUGAUCCAGCAGGCUCUUCUUAGGUUCCAAUAUAUUGCAAUAUUUCUACAGUUACAUGUAGCACUUCAGUUUUAUUUAUUUCACAAGGGAAAUACUGUUACUUGAGCCUGAGAUCAUUUCCUCACUUGAAAAAGAAAAAUACAGAGAUGUGUCUAAUAAGCCAGUUCCACCAUAGAUCUGUAUUAUAAAAUGAUGGUGCUUUAUUAAGUUUGAAUGGAGUGAUCAUGUGUUGCUCUUGCCACUAUCUCAUCAGCUUUCGUAAAAUUUGGAACCUAGAGAGGAUAGUGGAGAAUGAAGGUGUUACAAUGAGAGAAGGUGCAGAUAGGAAUUGACAUGUGUUCAAUUCCUUUUUUGUCUUUCCUGAAAGUCUAACAGGAUUCUCUUUCCUCCCAGACUCCCAAACAGGUGAGGAAGAUGAAAGUCAGAAUUCUAUGGAGCCACCUGUCAAUUCAUUGGGAAGAACAAAGAAACUGAGGAUACAACAACAAACUCACAAAGGAGAGAAACUAUUUGAAUGUUUUGAAUGUGGAAAGAGCUUCAGUGAAAUUGGAAAACUUAGAAGACACCAACGAACUCACAUGGGGGAGAAACCAUUUAAAUGUACUGUAUGUGGAAAGAGCUUCAGUGAUAGUGGAUCACUUAGAAUACACCAACGAACUCACACAGGGGAAAAACCAUAUAAAUGUAUUGAACGUGGAAAGAGCUACAGUCAAAAUGGAUACCUUAGAAUACAUCAACGAAUUCACACGGGGGAGAAACCAUUUAAAUGUAUUGAAUGUGGAAAGAGUUUCAGCAAAAGUGGAGUACUUAGAGUACACCAACAAACUCACACAGGGGAGAAACCAUAUAAAUGUAUUGAAUGUGGAAAGAGUUUCAGUGAAAGUGGAUCACUUAGAAUACACCAACGAACUCACACAGGGGAGAAACCAUUUAAAUGUAUUGAAUGUGGAAAGAGCUUUAGUUAUAGUGGAUCACUUAGAAUACACCAACGAACUCACACGGGGGAGAAACCAUUUAAAUGUAUGGAAUGUGGAAAGUGUUUCAGUGAAAGUGGAUCACUUAGAAUACACCAACGAACUCAUACAGGGGAGAAACCAUUUAAAUGUAUGGAAUGUGGAAACAGCUACCGUCAAUCUGGAGCACUUAGAAUGCAUCAACGAACUCACACAGGGGAAAAACCACAGAUACUUUAAUAAACUUUAAUAAACCGCAUAGGUGUUUUUUACCUUUCCUUCUAUGCUUCCUUGCAAUACUGAUAAAAUCAAAACACCCUAAUGCUUUCAGCCCCAGAAGAGGAGCUCCCCUUGGUGUCAGGGGAAGGGUCCAAGGGAGCAUCUGGAGCCCUGCCAUUCCUUCUGUCCCUGGCCCCUUCUCCCUCCUCUCUCUGCCAUCCCUGGGCCACUCCUUACUCCAUAGCAGGAGACUGGAUCUGUCUGUGAUGGUGAGAUGUCCUGGCUGGUUGAAGGACCACUUCCUGUUUUCUGCAGCUCUGUCCUGCCUUCUCGUGGAAGCUGGAGUCAUGAAGCAGGCGAAGACUGAGCACACCUAAGGGUGGCGCAGGGGGUGGGUGGGAUUCUGCUUAACCUUUCCCCGUCUGCUCCUUUUCUGGAUCCAAAUCCCCACACAAAAAGGGGCAGUGUGAGGGCACAAUCAAUGUUAUGGAGCUGCACUGAAAAUCAUUGCUUUGUGACUGUAAGAGGCCCUUCUCAAAAAAAGAAGCAUCAAGAGAAUUUAAGCUACAGAAUUUAAAACAAACAGAUAAUUACAAAAAAAAGAAAGCAGUCUGGUGCCACAUUGCGUAGGAGUUACUUUAACACACUCUACCUGGGGCUGCCUUUGAAAAGAGCUCAGAAACUUCAAUGGCUCAAAGAGCUGCAGACACAUUACUGACCAGGGCUGGCUAUAGGCAGCAUAGGACUCAUAUAUUUGAACAACUCCGUCUGCCUAAUUGUCUGUUUCAAUCAAUGUUUCCACAAGAAGAGGAAGAUAGAUUUGGAGUGCCGCAUUUUCAAAAAAGGUGGACACACGACAAAUUCUUUGUGGAGCUGAAAGGCAUGCCUGUGUGCCUCAUUUGUGGUGAGGCCCUCUCUGUCCUGAAGAAGGCCCACCUGCAGAGGCACCACAGGACAAAAGCACAUCCAGUACGAAGAGUUCCAAGGGCAGCUGCGCCAGGAGAAGGUGAAGGCGCUGAAAACGGACCUGUUGGGUAGCCUGUGGCCCCUCCAGAUGAUGUCAAAUUGCGACUCAUGUCUUCUUCAAAUUGCAACUCACGUCCUCAAAAUGGUUCAGCCUCCGCCACCUUUACUGCAGUCAACUGAAGGCAACCAACUGUGCCCUGGGCCCCUCGAUCUUUCUCACUUCCAAUGAAAACUAAUAAAUGAAUAGGAAGAGAAGCUACCCAUGUCACACUGACACAAACACCUUGCAUAUGAACUUCGUAAAAUAAUGAAAGUGUAUUCUACCCGCCCCCGCCCCCCGCUUGCUCUCCCCACCUCUCAAUUCCCCAGCCUUACACUGUAUACAACAUUAAAGUCUGUCUGUCUCUGAAUUUUUAUGAUAUCCAAAGUAACAGAGUAGCUUAUAGUUAGGAAGCCAAAUAGCUAUUCUAGUUGAUAGUUCCUUUUUACAGACUAUACAGUGGCCAGACUCUUGCUAUUCAAAAGAACUUUACUUUCAUAAUCAUAUAACUGAGAAGAAUAGAAGAGGAGUCUGUAACCUGAAGUGUAUGUAACACGAGGUACCACUGUACAAUCUUCUGCUUAUUCAAACACGCAGCCCUGUUUAGAGAAGUUUUUAAUAUUUAAUGCUGUGCUGUUUUUAACACUUGAUUGGGAGCCGCCCAGAGUGGCUGGAUAAACUCAGCCAGAUGGGUGGGGUAUAAAUAAUAAAUUAUUAUUAUUAUAUAGUGAUCUGUUUCACUUCAGACAGAUCACACUAACAAACUACAGUUACAGUUGCUCCAAGAUAAUUCAGUGGGGCCUCUUCUCAGUUCAUUGUCUUCUGGAUCAGUGCCUUAAUCCUUUGUCGAUUCUGUAAAUCACAGAAUAACCAUUGAGGUGUCCCCAGAUGUUGUUGUCCAGUUCCCAUCAGCUUCAGCCAGCAGGGCAGACAGUCAAGGAUGAUGGAAAUUGUAAUCUGGACCUCACCACCUUGACUCUGCUGCCCUAUAUCCUUCCCAUUGAAAGAAAUGUGAGAAUAAAUUUUGGACACUAUAGAUUUAUCCUGAUCUGGUGCAUGCAAUGUCUUUUGUUUUGCAGCUGUGUGAUUUGUACUCAUAUUGUAUUGUGGUGGCCAUUGGCUAUAAACUAUAAAAUUUAUAGAAACGGUAGAUUGAACUGCAAAAAUAAGUAAUAAAAUAAUAAAAGGAUUUUAUUUUUUUGGUCCUCACUCC